AUGGGUCAGACCUUGUCCGAGCCGGUGGUCGAGAAGGUGCGUGAAACUGAAGCAAUGCGUUUGCCUUCGCCUUUCGUCCCCCCACACUGCAAGAGGCCUUACGCAAUUCCUAUAACCGCCUUCCCCCUAUCAUCGCGCAACCCAUUUCCUUCCCCUUUCUUUCUCAAUGUCAUUGUCCAGCAUUCGGCUGAAGGUCAGGAUGAGUGUUGUAUAUAUGGUGUCUCGGCCAUGCAGGGCUGGCGGAUCAGCAUGGAGGAUGCCCAUGCGGCCGUGCUAGACCUCCAGGCCAAGUUCUCGGAGCAGAACGACAACCCUACCGAUCCCGACAAACGUCUCGCAUUCUUUGGUGUAUAUGAUGGACACGGUGGUGAUAAAGUAGCUUUAUUCGCCGGAGAGAAUGUCCACAAGAUCGUCGCAAAGCAGGAUGCGUUCGCUAAGGGCGAUAUUGAGCAAGCCUUGAAGGACGGUUUCCUUGCGACCGACCGCGCUAUCCUGGAAGAUCCUAAAUACGAAGAGGAAGUGUCUGGCUGCACUGCAGCCGUCAGCGUCAUUUCCAAGCACAAGAUCUGGGUGGCCAAUGCUGGUGACUCCCGUUCCGUGCUCGGUGUGAAGGGCCGCGCGAAGCCCCUAUCCUUUGAUCACAAGCCCCAAAAUGAAGGCGAGAAGGCCCGUAUUAGCGCUGCAGGCGGCUUCGUCGACUUUGGCCGUGUCAACGGCAACCUGGCCCUGUCCCGUGCCAUUGGAGAUUUCGAAUUUAAGAAGAGUCCCGAGCUGUCACCCGAACAGCAGAUCGUGACCGCUUACCCGGAUGUUACUGUCCACGACCUUACUGACGACGAUGAAUUCCUCGUUAUCGCCUGCGACGGUAUCUGGGAUUGCCAAACCUCGCAGGCCGUCGUUGAGUUCGUUCGUCGCGGUAUUGCCGCCAAGCAGGACCUCCACCGCAUCUGUGAGAACAUGAUGGACAAUUGCCUGGCUUCCAACAGUGAGACGGGUGGCGUUGGAUGCGACAACAUGACUAUGAUCAUCAUCGGUCUUCUGAACGGUAGGACCAAAGAGGAGUGGUACAAUCAGAUCGCUGAGCGCGUGGCCAACGGCGACGGCCCCUGCGCCCCGCCCGAGUACGCUGAGUUCCGCGGCCCCGGCAUCCGUAAUCAGUUCGAAGAGAACCCCGAUGAGUAUGACGUGGAAAACGAUCGUUCCCGUGGCUUCAGUGUACGCUCGGGCCGCAUCAUUCUCUUGGGCGAUGGCACAGAAUUGAUUCCGGAGCAGAACGAUGACGAGCUGUUUGACCAUACUGAGGAAGACCGGGACCUCGGCAAUCAGGUGCAGCAUGACUCUACUGACGCGGGACGGAGCGAUCGCGAAGGAACCCCUGGGCCACAAUCCAAGGAUAGCACCCCCAAGGCCGAUGGAUCUACAACCAUCUCGCAGUCGCCGUCUACCACCGCGGAGAGCUCUUCCACCAGUGCCCCUGGAACGCCGCAGAAACCUACUAAUGUGUAG